AUGCUCAACAUUCAGUUCAGCAUGGUCGAACUGCAGAAUCGAUGCAGCGAUCAGGGCGCCCUGGUCGAGGAGAAUGCAGACGCUUUCCAGAAAGCCUCAGAGGAGCUCGCGGAGAAGGAGGAGGCUCUGGAGCAGGCAAUCCAGAGGCAGCAGGAGCUGCGCCAGCAGAUGAGUGCUGCAUCGACAGCGCUCCAGGGACAGGUCCGACAGCUGUCACAAGAGCUCGAGCACUGUCAGGCCGCAAAGUCUACAGCCCAGUCCGCCGUGAGCAGGCUCCAGGAUGAGAAUGCUUCCCUGGCAGCGCAGCUGCUGCAGGUGAACACUGAGAUGGAGUCCUUGCGUGAAAGGCUUCACGAGCAGGAGGCGGCUGCGGUGCGAAGGCAAACCCAGCUAGAAGACGAGAUCCAGGGGCUCGUACAGCUCGCCUCGAAGUCUCAGGACGGCUGGUCAAGCCCUGCAUUUACACUGGAGGAUCGAGGGCGCAGCACGCCAGAGCCCGGUGUUGACGGGGCAGGCGCAGCGCCCAGCUUCUGUGAAGCCACGCCCCUGGUGCCGUCGGUGCUCAUCGCUGCGGAGAUUGACCUCGGUCCUGCCAGCAGUGGCCGCGCUACGCUCACGGUCUCGCCUUGGCAGACGAGCUCCGAUUACAACUCGGUGGUGAAGGAGUUCUUGGCCCACCAUCGGGUGAAACCUAUCUUCGAGAAAGCUGUCGUGCUUUACCUGGAGGAUCUGGAGAGGAGUGCUACCACCUUCCCAUUGCUAGUCAAGGCCUCCUUGACAGAAAUCUACAGCCGCUACGGCUGA